AUGGCGUUGCGCAGAGUAUCACAGUGUCAACGUAGCGCUGAUCGUGUACACGGACACUUUUCCCGUUCAUACACGGCAUUAUAUCGUGCAAAAUUUCGCCAAACUCCGACUCCUGCGGCCUUUGCACGUUCUGAUCCGUUGCUGGUCAGCUUUGGCGUGCCCUUAAACCUACUAAACUCCAAUUCGCUGUUGUUGGACUCGACGCGCUGCGUAUCCCAGCAAAGUACCCAUCAGAAAUAUUCUGAGGAUUCUUACGAGGAUAUGAACCCGGAGAAGGUGGCGAUAGCGACUUCUACCGCGUAUGACAUGCUGCUGCAGCGAUUGUACCAGGUAAAUCGUUUUACUGCCGUAAAGCUCGGACUCGAAAACAUGCAGCAGCUGAAUGCAGCCUUUGGAGAUCCUGCAUCACAGUUAAAAAUUGUACACGUGGCAGGUACGAAUGGAAAAGGAUCGGUGGCAUACAAGAUCGCCAAAGCGCUUGAGCGCUCAGGGUACAAGACUGGGCUAUUUGUUUCUCCGCAUGUUUCUUGUUUUCGCGAACGUAUUCAAAUCAAUGGCCAGCUGAUUUCCGAGAGAGAUGUCUGUGAUGCACUGUCCGAAAUCUUUACUAUCAGCGCCCAACUUCGGAUUCCAGCCACGUUCUUCGAAAUCACUACCAUGCUGGCUUUUAAGCACUUUGCGAAGCAGAAAGUCGAUUUCGUUGUACUAGAGACGGGUCUUGGUGGUCGACUGGAUGCGACUAACAUUGUCACACCAGUGUUGUCGAUCAUCACGUCUAUUGGAUUAGAUCAUACACGUAUACUUGGGAAUACCCGCGAGGCCAUUGCACGUGAAAAGGCAGGGAUUAUAAAACCAAAUGUGCCGGUGAUCGUAGGACCUAAUACCCCCGUUAAUGUGAUGAUGGAGUUUGCAACACGGAAUAAUGCCCCGCUGAAGCAAGUGCCUCGUCAGAUGGAUUUUGACCAUGAUUAUAACUUAGAGAAUACGGCUAUUGCCCGCGAAGCAUGUGUGCAACUUAACACUAUGCAGACCGGUAUUAACGACUCAAACAAGAUGAGCGUUGAUGUGACAAAUGAAAGAGUAAACGUUGCACUUGAGUCGCGACCUCCAUGCCGCUUUCAAGUGUUGCAUAUUAUCCGUCCUAAUUCAACAGAACGCAAGGUCACUGUGGUGCUAGAUGUCGCACACAACCCACCGGCCAUCGAUAAGCUAGUGGAAAUGCUCAAUCAGAAGUUUCCUUGCAAGAAAUUACGGUUCGUGUGCGGGUUUUCGGCCGAUAAGGCAAUUAACAAAGUUCUGGAUAAAAUCUUGGAUGCAUUACGCGAUGAACACCCAAAUAAAAGUGAAGAGGAGCUACAGAAAUACAUUCAUCUGGUCAAAGCGAAUCAUCCACGCGGGGCGUCGUUAAAAGAUAUCAAUAUGGCGCUAUCAAGCGCAGCUGCUGAGGGCAAAGUGACUUACGAAUAUAAAAGUAUUUCUCCAAUCAAGGAAGGUGUGGAGGCUGCACUAAACGCAUCGCGUGCAUCCUCUGAUGAUGAAGUAGUCGUAGUAUGCGGCAGCGUGUUCCUAAUGGCAGAAGCACGUCAGACUCUCGGUCUCAAGGAACCAAUUGACAGCCCAUCUCUUCAAGCUGUUGCAGGCUCACAUAUUUCUGUUAAAUAG